AUGACUGUUUUGGUUCUUAGUCAACGAAACAAUGACUACACCUCCUGUACCGUUGAGUACUUCAACCGAGAAGGCUGCAACAGCAUGAGCUUUGGCCCGAUCACCUCCAACGCACACAUUGGAGGAGUUAUGCUGAAGCCGCACAUCUUGAGACGGGAGAUCAAGCAGGGCUUGCUGAACUACAAUCAGAGCUACACUGUGCUUAAUAUCACCUUCAGCAAUAUUAAAUGGAAGACAAUCAAAUUCCGUUUCGAAGAACAAAGCAAGAAACCGCUGAAACAAACCCACUGCCGCAACAUAGUGCUGUCAAACGAAGCCCACAUAGACGACCAGUCGGUGCUCUACUAUGACUGCUACUGGCCGGACAGUAUUGACAGUGUAGGCCGCUCACAUAUACUGGACUUUGAGGCUUCGGACGACAAUGUGGUUAAUCGGGGACAGUAUUACUUCAAUGUUCCAUCGGCGCAAAUGCUGAGCAACACCGUUAAUGCAUCGAACUGGAAACCGUUUGUCUACCUUGAGAUACUCUCCGGCAAAAUCCGCCUCCACAUAAUGGCUCCACCGAACCAAGUGAAGAUCUCCUCAUACCGCAUUCAAUCUGCUGGGGACUCCGGGUCUUACUACUUUGUGGUGACUCCGCAACAUGAUGGGUGUAAGGACGGAGUGAGGAAGUGCCAGAUUGUGGAGAGUCCGAGGUUCAAAAUCAGCAACAACGUGCAAAGCUUCAAUAUCUGCAUCGCCAGCAUCUCGGCCCUGAUCGUUGCUACGCUGUUCGCCUACUACAUUGUUCUGAGGGUGCUCCGCCGGUAUUGGUGCCGAGACUACCGGCUCGCUAUGGGUCAAGAGAUACCAGCCCCAACGAAAGUUCUAGUCAUCUAUUCCCCGGCCAACCGUCUUCACGCCGAGUGCGUUUCCUCAUUCGUCACCUAUUUGCGCGCUGAGUUCGGCUUCGAGAUCAUGUACGACGGAGACAUCUCGUCAACCUCCGACCAAGACCCCUACAUCUGGGCCGCCGAGGCCUUCAAGAUAGCCACACACGUCAUGUACAUCGUCGGACCCGCAGAUCUAACCAACCAGUACAACAACAUCUACGAGAAACCCAUACUCAGCGCUCACAAAAACGUCGACACCCUACAACUCUCCCUACUCAAAGCGAACCGAGGAUCGCAAAACCAAAAAUCUGUAAUCAAUGUAAUCUUCGAAUACUCCAACGGACCUAUUCCAAUCGAAACGAAACAUGGAAAAACUUUCUAUCUACUCAAGGAAUGGAACAAACUGAUUUCUUAUUUGUCGAAGAAUCUACUACCUAAGAAACAGUUGGUGCGGACGGAGAAAGGGAGGUGUUUGCUAGAGGAUCUGACCAAGGCUAAGAAAUUGCUGAAUAGCAGUAAUUUUAAUGUGUAAAUUGUUGGUUACGGGACGAAAUACUAGGAAUGAUAUGGGUUGUUAAUCAGAAGAUAUAGGAUACAGGUAUGUGCAAUGAAGAUUAGGCUAACAUUAUCAAGUAGUUUUGGUUAAAACCAAGAAUUAACUAUGGAGUGGAACUUUGGUGACAAAAAAUAGAAUUAUCAAUGGAGUUCUUGGUUUUGACUAAAAUUAAAUCGCGUUACGAAGAUGUUAUACGGUUAGGAUCAGUUGUUUAGAUGUGGAAUUUGAUUCUCAGGCUGGCCUGAAGAAAAUUGGUUUUUCAAUAUUAUAAAAUGAAACUUAGUUUUUCGUGCUGGAAAUGUGAUCAGUAUUUAUUAACCUUCCAUAGCCUUGCCAUGAGACUAUCUUCUACUUUGAAAAAAUCUCGUAUCUCACUCUACUCAAAGUUGAAACGCAGUAACUCUAUAUGCAUUCCACACGUUACUACAUUAAAUUUGUCUUUUCAUAGACAAGAACGUACAGUGAGCUGGGAAUUGCAUGGAGAAAUUAUGAAUAAAUUCAUUGAUUAAUUCGCCAUGCAGUUUUGCAACUCACUGUACGAGUUUUUCUUUCAGAGUAGUGACGAUAUUCGCUAACGACUGCAUAACAUUUUUCUAGUCAUCUUGCUUGUACUAAACGCCAGUACUAAUGAAUGAGAUAGAUCGAAAGUUUGUUAUGCACAUGCUAGCGCAUACGCCAGUAUGGCUACUGUUGAAAAUUGCCAGUGCCAAGAAAAAAAGAUACUUGGCUCAUACUAGCACGAAAAACUUUCGUUUUCUGAAUCUUGUGUACUAAAGUGGGAUACGAAGUUAUCGAAAGUUUCAAGGAAAAUUGAUAUUAAUUAUUGUCUUUUGUGUCUAAUUGUAUUGAUGUUAAGAACAUUUUCUAUACGGUAUUGGGGCACUAGAACUUGGCAUACAUAUCACUAUUAUGACUAAGUACUUUAACGGCCCGGCCACGACACUGGUCUAAGCGCGACAGCGGUGAGCGGCAGCCAUACGUGCGAAUGAAAAGUCCCAUCGCUCUCGCUCUAAUGUAUGGUCGCCGCUCACCGCUGUCGCGCUUAGACCAAUAUCGUGGCUGCGCCGUAACAUUACCCGAAUUUAAAUGUUUCUUUUUUUGUCAAUCAUUUUUGAUAAAUUUUAUGUUCUACUCAGAAUCAUUAGCUUUUUCAAUUCUAAUAGGUAAAAAAGUGUCCCAUAGGAUUUUGCCUAUUGUGUUACCAUUUUCCAUAUAGGUAGUUUAUAUGGGGUAACAAAAGAGGAAAGUAACAGAAAUGUAUAGAAAUUCUGGGACAGUUUUUUUCUCCUAUUGAGAUAGAAUGUGCUCUUGAUUCUGAGUAGAACUAACCUGAAAUUCACUAAAAAUAUCAAAAUAACAAAAAAAGAAACGCUUAAAUAUGGUAACAUCAUAUCAUUCAUAUUUAAAUACUGAGAUAUAUUUAAUGAAAAUAAAGUUAUACUUACAGUUGUUAAACAUCCACCAUCGCUUAUGCUUUUAGAAAUAAAAAUAAAUGAUAUCACCUACGCUCCAAUACCAAAAAAAGAGAGAAAAGUAUGUGUUAUUGUUGUUUAUACUUGUUGUAAUUCUUCAAAUCCCAGUUUUCGAACAUACCGCUUUU